AUGGCUGACCAACAAGCUGGCGGGCAAGGCCAGGAGCCAUUCGACAGGAACACGCUCGCCGCGGAAAUCAUCCAUCCGUGGCUCCAAUCAAUCGUUCCAGAUAAUUUACCUUCCGACGACGCCGAAUUUCAUCACCACGAGAGGGUUUUGCCUUCGUCGCCCUCAGCAGCCAGGUUGCUGGAAGCUAGGCAACGACGACGCUCCCAGCCCGUGGAGCGCCUCGCGCAGCGCAUGAAACGCCAGAGCCUCAUCCAGCAGUCCCCCAGAAACGUCGGGACCAGCUCAGACCUCGCCCAUGACGCACCAGCACUUGCAGAGCAUCUUUGUGCCACAAAGCACAAGAGACCAGAGGCCGACUCUGAAACGACGUCUGCACAAGGUCACAAUCCUGCGGCGCUGCACACGAAUGAGCCCAUCGCCGCCGACAAAAGCGAAAUGGACGUGGAGGAGACCAUACGCAGAGGACUCGCAGUACCAGGAAUGCUCAGAAAAUCGACAGAUGAGGACAAUGGCGACGAAUUGUUCACAUUUCUACCUUUUCGGAGAUCGGCCGACGCGGCUGCCAGGUGUCCUACCGUGGUUCGCAACAGGCCUCGCAUGCGUCGAAGAAAACGACGCAAGGUCGAGGGAUGUCUAAGCAAAGAUGCCGCGCCUGGUUGA